GACGUAGCGCACACCCGAGCUCCGCGCGCACCUCUCACGCCCUGCCCAGCGCGGCUCGAGCGAUGCUCCUACCUGGCAGAGGGCGGAAAACCCCCACGAGCAUCCGCAGCUCUCCAUGACAGCACGGCGAGCAUGGUGCAGAAAUCCCGCAACGGCGGGGUCUAUCCCGGACCGCAAGCCGAGAAGAAGCUCAAAGUCGGCUUUGUGGGUCUAGAGGGAGGCGCGGCGGACUCGAACAGAGACGGUGCUCUUCUCAUAGCAGGCAACGAGGCAACAAAGCGAGGCAGCAUCUUGAGCAAACAACGCUCCAGCAUCUCGGGGAAGAAGCCUCCAAAACGCAAUGCAUUUUACCGACGGCUACAGAAUUUCCUCUACAACGUGUUGGAAAGACCGCGAGGAUGGGCGUUCAUCUACCACGCUUAUGUAUUCUUGCUGGUGUUCUCAUGUUUGGUCCUCUCUGUCUUCUCGACCAUCAAGGAAUAUGAAAAGAGCUCUGAGGAUGCUUUGUAUAUAUUGGAAAUAGUGACAAUUGUGGUGUUUGGAGUGGAAUACAUUGUAAGAAUCUGGUCAGCAGGAUGCUGCUGUCGAUACAGAGGAUGGAGAGGCAGGCUAAAAUUUGCUCGCAAACCUUUUUGUGUCAUAGACAUCAUGGUGCUAAUAGCUUCCAUCUCGGUGCUGGCGGCCGGCACGCAGGGGAAUGUCUUUGCCACUUCGGCCAUCAGGAGCCUCCGCUUCCUCCAGAUCCUACGGAUGAUCCGCAUGGACCGCCGUGGAGGAACUUGGAAGCUCCUGGGAUCAGUUGUCUACGCUCACAGCAAGGAGCUGAUCACAGCUUGGUACAUUGGCUUCCUGUGUCUGAUCUUGGCUUCUUUCCUUGUGUAUCUGGCUGAGAAGGAGGAUAACGAGAUGUUUGCGACCUAUGCUGAUGCGCUGUGGUGGGGCCUGAUCACACUGACUACCAUAGGAUAUGGAGAUAAGUAUCCAAUAACAUGGAACGGGCGGCUCCUUGCAGCAACCUUCACCCUCAUCGGCGUGUCCUUCUUCGCCUUGCCUGCUGGGAUCUUAGGCUCCGGCUUCGCUUUGAAGGUCCAGGAGCAGCAUCGGCAGAAACACUUUGAGAAACGGCGGAACCCAGCUGCUGGGCUUAUUCAGGCAGCCUGGAGGGUGUAUGCCACCAAUCUCAGUCGCACAGACCUGCAGUCUACCUGGGACUACUAUGAGAGGACUGUAUCAGUUCCUAUGUACAGACUUAUUCCUCCACUUAACCAACUUGAUCUGUUGAGAAAUCUGAAGAGCAAAUCUGGUCUCUCCUUUAGGAAGGAAGCUCAACCAGAGCCCUCCCCAAGUCAGAAGGUAAGUCUGAAGGAACGAGUGUUCUCCAGCCCAAGAAACUCUGCAAGCAAAGGGAAGAGCUCACCCCAGAGCCAGCAGCCCCUGCGACGCUCUCCCAGUGCAGACAACAGCAUUGAGGACAGUCCCUCCAAAGUACCCAAGAGCCUUAGCUUUGGGGACCGCAGCCGUGCUAGACAAGCUUUCCGCUUCAAAGGGGCAGCUUCUCGGCAGAAUUCAGAAGUGCUGAUUGAGAUGCAGGCGGAGGAAAUGAGGCAGAAGAGCUCCCCAGCAAUUGAAAGGUUGAUCAAGGCCAGCCUUCCCGGAGAAGACAAUGUCGAUGACAAUAAGAGCUGCCAUUGUGAGUUUGUCCCACAGGAUUUAACACCAGGAAUCAAAGUUACCAUCAGGGCUGUGUGCAUUAUGAGGUUUAUGGUGUCAAAGCGAAAAUUUAAGGAAAGUCUGCGGCCUUACGAUGUCAUGGAUGUUAUUGAGCAGUAUUCAGCUGGACACCUUGACAUGUUGGCCAGGAUUAAAAAUCUGCAGUCCAGAGUGGAUCAGAUUGUUGGCAGAGGUGCUCCAAUCACAGACAAGGACCGUCCCAAAAGUUCUACAGAAGCAGAGAUUGUAGAGGACCCCAGCAUGAUGGGAAGACUUGUGAAAGUAGAGAAACAGGUGAUGUCAAUGGAAAGGAAACUGGAUUUCCUGGUUAACAUCUAUAUCCAGCGAAUGGGUAUCCCACAGUCUGAAACAGAUGCGUACUUUGGUUCCAAGGAGCCUGACCCAGCUCCACCAUACCACAGCCCCGUUGAGCACAUGGAGAAGUCUGGCUGUAUUACCAAAAUAAUCCAUUCCAACAGCUCCGCCGGCCAGAAGAACUUUGACGCCCCUCCCUCUGCUUAUGUACACCAGAGCCACUGCCCUCCCUCCACUUCCUGUCACCCACACCCUCUACCUGAGCCCCCUCAGUGCACUUCCCCCAAUGGUGAUCCUUCCCUGGUGCGUAUCCCACCUCCUCCUGCCCAUGAGCGCUCCUCUGGUAGUCAUAAUGGUGGCGCACGAGGCGCUGGGCAGCACCAUUCUUGUGGGAGUGGGUUGGACGAGGCCAAGCCCGGCACCCUAUCCCAGCACCAGGCCGGUGCUGAUAGCGACACCUCUAUAUCGAUCCCAUCAGUGGAUCACGAAGAGCUGGAGCGCUCCUUCAGUGGCUUCAGCAUCUCCCAGUCCAAGGACAACCUGGACUUCCUCAACAGCGCCUACUACAGCGGGGUGACGCACUGCCCCAAGGUCAGGCCCUACAUCGCUGAGGCUGAAUCUGACACGGACUCGGACCUGGGUGCCCCAUCGCCACAUUCCACCACCGGAGAAGGGGCUUAUGGGGACAGGCCUUGGCCCGGCCCUAAGUAAGGCUUGAACUGAUCUUACAAAAUGGGAUUUACUGCUGCUAACGGCAGCCUCCGAAGUCAAACCAUGAUCAUUUUGGGCAAGAAGCUGUAUUUGUAUAUGUUUAAAACCAGUGCUCUUUCUCAAUAUGCAGCUUUGAUAACAGACCAGGAUCUUGGUAGUAAAGCCAACUGACUAAAUGUGCGACUUUCUGGUACUUCAGAAUUACCUAAAAAGGUGAUACCUGAAAUGUUCUUUUUGGCAUCUAAAUGUAUGCUUAAAUCUAACUUUUAGCACAAACUAUUCUUAGUACAUACAUUCACUCUCAUAUGUUUACUCAUUCUGCCAGUGUUUGCCACUCACCAACAAAUGAUCUGGUCACUCCGAGACAAGAAUUGUUCCAUGUUGUCUGCAUUAGCUCACAAAUGUACUGCAUAACACAAAAAUAUUCCAGCAGCAGAUAUCUUCCAUUAUGUCACUUUAAUAUUCUCUUUAGGAACAAUAUCACAUUGUACUCCUCUAGUAAGUAUGUACGAGUUUCAUUUUAAUUAUAUACAAAAGGUACAAUAUCACAAUAUCUCAAGUUUUAACAUUUUUUUUAAGUUAUCUCUUGUUUUAUUAAUUUGCAUGAAACAAGAACAUUUAAAAUGGAUGUAAAGAAAUAUUCUUAUACAUCGAACAUGUGGCCUCAAGGAAGUAAAAAGGCUUGCUAUUUUAUGCAGACUUUUUUUAUAACGAGAACUUUAAAGAAAAUCUCUAAAUAUCAUGUAUAAACUAUAACCAUAAAUAAUGAUGCUCCUUUAACAAAUCAAAAUGUAUGCUGCAAAGUUACAUCCUGUGAGGGGCUAUUAUUGUAAUUCCAAUGGGCAACCAUAGAGUUCUGUCACUAUGACAAACUGAUGUAAGGUAAAAAUAUUUAUUUAAUUUUCUAUUUAUUAAUUGCCUAAUUCAUUUUAAAGCCAAACUUUUUUGCAGCUUUCCAAGUGAACAGUUAUUUUUUUCAGUUCAUGGAUGUGUAUUAUAAGCUGUGUACUAUAGUCAUUGCUUUCUCCUAGGACUAAAAACACAUUCUAAUAUACUAAUGCAACACAUUUUAGCACCAUUUGAAACUGUAGUCUUUUAUUGCUCAGACAUAGCAGGAUAUUUCCAGAGGGUACAAAAACGAACUCCUAUACAUGGGCUGAUAUUGCACACUUCUGAAGAUGGUUGUAGUUGCAACAAGGGAAUGCCAGUUGCGCAGUUGACAAUGUGCACUGGAUUGUUUUUUACUCUUUUAUUCCCAUUUUAUGCAACUACCAUUGAAUCUUUUCUGUGUUACUCAAACACACUACUAGCAUUGUUAAGAAAGGAGGAAGUGUGGAGAAUGAAUAGAGCUGAGCUCCGCCACUCAGAAAUGCUUCGCCAAUAGGAACGCGGCCAUUUGUAGUCUCAGGAUGGUCCAGCAGUGAAGCGCAUAUCAUUCCACUGGGAUUCAAGCUAUGCCAUUUGUAGAGUGCACUUGGCUUAUUGUAAGCCUGUGCAUGUGCAAAUCAUAUGUAAGAAUUGGGAGGGAAUCAGUUUAUCAGUUCUGCAUUACUCAAUGCUGUACUAUGUUACAUUUCUCAAGUGCACCUUCCGCAAAGUGCAUCUCCAAAGAGGACAAGUUUAGUUUGCACCGUUUUGUCUUCCAUCUGGCCUAUGUUCAUACAGUAGUACAGACAUCGCCCUUUAUUGCUGUUCUGCUAACCCCAUACCAUUUCCACAGGUAGAGGGUGUGCAACCCUUUUGGAGAUGUGAAGAUUGCCUAAAUGUGGAGCAGUGGUAAAGUGAUCAUUUAAAUUGGAAUGAGGCAUACUAAACAAAUCAUGCAAUUUUUCAGAUUUGAGCUUUGAUGCGUCUAACAGAAAAUGUGGCUAAAAGCUGAGCAUGUAGGCUUUAAGCUAAACAGGCAUGUAGGAAAUGCCAGAUACAUUUCUCCUUUUCUCUUUUUAGCAAGAGUGACAGGAGUUAUGUAAAAUCAUGUAGAAAGCUCAAAAGGCUUUUGAACACAUAGACACAAGUCCAAAAGGUGUCUUGAUGUGUUAUACAUCUUUGAACUGUCUGUCAUAGUUAAUGACUUGUGUUUUUACCGCAUAUCAUCACAGCUGCCUUGCUUUGAGUUGAGAAAAGAAAAAAAAUACAUUGAUUUUUUUCCAAAGAAUAUACUGUAUUUUGCUAAAUUGCUUUGGGUGUUAACGCAGAUGCAAAGUUUGGUCCAUGUUCUAUGUUACGUGUCCUCUUGCUGCAAAUCUGUUUUUAAAACCACUAUGUGCUUGUGAAUGUAUUAUUGAAUGCUGUCUCUCACACACGCACACGCACACACACACACACACACACAUACACACACACACACACACACACAGAGU